GCAAAACGAAUACCGUGCGCAAAAUCUAUAGCCUCCAAAUAAGGAUCUAAAUAUUCUCACAAUUUACGCUGCAGUUGAGAGGAAAAGGAGUGUUUAAGUCGGCUUCACAGCAAGUGCAACAAAAUGCCCAAGUGCCCAACCUGUGGAAAGGAAGUUUACUUCGCCGAGAAGUUGGUAUCCAACGGGAAGGACUACCACAAGUCGUGCCACAAAUGUGCUCGAUGCAAUAAAUCCAUAGCUGCCGGAAGUGCAUGCGAGCAUGCUGACAAAUUAUAUUGUCAGAACCCCUGCUAUGCCACGCUUUUCGGACCAGGUGUAAAACCAAGCUGGUUUCUGCCGACCGUGCAACAACGGACUCGAGGACAAAGCACCACCACCAUGGGGAAGUGUCCAACGUGCAACAAGGAAGUAUACUUUGCUGAGCGGCAACCCUAUAACAACAAAGACUUCCACAAGCCAUGCUUCAAAUGCACCAAAUGUGGCAAGAAACUUACACCGGGGAAAAUAUCAGAGCAUGACGGUCAACUGUAUUGUCCUCAUCCUUGUUAUGCCGACCUAUUUGGACCGCACGGUAAAAAGUGACCUUCGACAAAGACAGUCUCAUGAACUAGGGCUGUUUACUUGUUGUAUCAACAUAUUUAUUUAUCCAUGAACAAUAUUUACUUGUUUUGUUCUGCUUAUUUCAUUUUUUGACAUAAAUUUCCCAUCAAACAGAAUAUAUAAUAUGACUGUGCAAUAUAUUAUUACACUUGCUCGCAUCCAUGUAUGGACAUGUGCUCCUGACCUACAUGUAUAGAUAGGAAUAUAUACAGAUGUUAUCUUUCAUCCGUACACGUGUAUGUAACUGCAUGUUUGUUACUGUAUGUUAGUUUUCAAAUAAGUUGUUCAUGACCUUGUUUAUAAGUUUGACACAUAUAACCUCAGUGAAACUUUUUUGAGGUAUAUUCUUUUAUCGUGAACGACUUAAUUUUGUAUGUAUAAAGUGAAUUAAAACCUUUCCAAACUC